AUGGAAAAGGAAGCAUUUAUUGCAGACGAUAGCACUGAUAGGGAGAACGAACAUGAGGCCCCUCAUGAGGGCCACCCGACCGUCAUCCAAAUCACCUCUUUCUUCCAACGUCAAGUGCAGAAACUUUUGCAACGAGAUGAGGAGACAGGAAAGAGCAACGUGCGCGCGCUCGUUACCCUCUUUGUACUCACCGUCGUCUCAGUUCUGAACCAGGCAGACCGUUGGGUUCUUGCUGUCGUUUUGCCUUACGGAAUGAGAUGUCCGCACGGCAAUACAACAAACGGAACGGCCGUGGAGUGUUCUAAUGCGACAAGAAUUUCGUACAGUGGGUCGUGUUUGAUUAGUGAUGGCUGUGUUGAGAUGUCAGACACAGGGCAGGGGUUGUUGACUGGCACUGUGUUUACUGUUGUGUACGUUCUGGGUGGACUUCCUCUCGCUUGGCUUGCGGACAGGAAGUCGCGUUUGUUGGUGCUUGUGGCAGGCUUGACGGUCUGGUCGCUGAUGUGUUUGUGUACGGGAUUCGUGCAUGAAUAUUGGGCUCUCGUGUUGGUGAGAAUGGGACUGGGGUUGGGAGAGGCAUCGUGUAACCCUGUUGCUUACUCUCUCAUAUCAGACUUUUUUAUGCCACAAAAUCGAGCCACCGCGUUGGCUGUCUUUACAUCCAGCAUCUACAUUGGAGGAGCUUUGGGCUUUGUUUGCGGCGCAUUGAAUUCGUACAUUUGCUGGAGAUGGACGUUUCGUGCUUUAGGAAUAUUCGGUUUGGCUAUGGUACCCGUUGUGUUGUUGGUUAUCAGAGAACCGAAGCACAGAAAAGAUGACGUCGUGGUUGGCCAAGCCAACAAGUCGAGUUACUCAAUCAGAGAGACAUUUAGCUACUUAAUAACGUGUUGGCCUUACUGGAUGUUGUUAGUAGCCGGUUCCGUGAGGAAUUUGCCAGGGUAUGCGUUGGGCGGUUGGCUGCCAACGUUUUUCAGUAGAGAUCUGAAGGAGUCUGCUUCCGUGUAUGGCUGGAAGGCUGCAAUUGUUGUGCUGUUUGGUGGUUGUAGUGGAGCCAUGCUGGGUGGAUUUCUAGCUGAUUGGGCUGCCAAGAAGAGACGCGAUGGCAAGAGCUAUGUCAUUGCUGUUAGUCAGGCUCUUGCAGCUCCUACAAUCAUUGGAACUCUUCUUGCAACGAACGCGGAUCUUUCGUAUUUUAUGUUGUUUUUGGCAUACGUCACUGCUGAGACUUGGAUUGGGCCUGCUACUGCUAUAGUUCAGGAUAUCUGUAUGCCAAGCAUACGAUCUCAAGCAUCUGCCGUCUACAUAUCAGCUAUCACAUUGAUAGGAGGUCAAGGACCACUUGUGGUGGCCGCCUUAUUGGAAACCAGCUCACCAGGCUCAACAGACUUGUUUGAUAAAUGUUCGUACGGUGUACGUAAUGCUCUCUUAUUGACAGUUCCCACGUUCUACAUGGCAUCGGCACUGUUGUUCGUGCUGGUGGGAUUCAUUGUAUAUAAACAGCAUGUCAGAGCAUCAAGAGAAGAACACAUGUGCUUGGCAGGAGAGACUACAAAUUUAUAGAUUACUUGAUAAUUAAUAAUAUUUUGGUGAUUAAAUGGUUUGAGUCUCGCAGACGAUAUUUUUAUCAGCUAUAAUUGUUUGUAGUGCUUUUGUUGAUAUAAAAAUACUUUUAGAUUUUGUA